AUGGCUUUUCAUCAAGGUGCAGAUGUGCAUUACUUCGUAGAGGAGCCUGGUUUUGGGAGUGGUGCACAAGGUGCCAUUAAUCUAAGAUGUCCUUCAGAACCGGCUCAGCACAUGAACACUGGCCAGUUAGUUUUUACCUACGAAAAGAUCGCGGAGAUCACAAACGGUUUUGCUAGCGAAAACAUAAUAGGGGAGGGGGGAUUUGGGUAUGUUUACAAGGCUUCCAUGCCUGAUGGUAGAGUGGGGGCACUUAAGAUGUUGAAGGCUGGUAGUGGCCAGGGAGAAAGGGAGUUUAGGGCUGAGGUGGACAUCAUCAGCCGAAUCCAUCAUCGGCAUUUGGUGUCAUUGAUUGGUUAUUGCAUAUCUGAACAGCAAAGAGUGCUUAUCUAUGAGUUCGUUCCUAAUGGGAAUCUCAGUCAGCACUUGCAUGGAAGUGAACGGCCAAUUUUGGAUUGGCCAAAGAGGAUGAAGAUAGCAAUUGGCUCUGCAAGGGGCCUGGCAUAUCUCCAUGAUGGCUGCAACCCAAAGAUUAUUCACAGAGAUAUUAAAUCAGCAAACAUACUUUUGGACAAUGCUUAUGAGGCACAGGUUGCAGACUUUGGACUUGCCAGGCUAACCGAUGAUUCGAAUACCCACGUAUCGACUAGGGUGAUGGGGACCUUUGGGUACAUGGCUCCAGAGUAUGCAACAAGUGGAAAAUUAACAGAUAGAUCAGAUGUUUUCUCUUUUGGAGUUGUCCUUCUUGAGCUUAUAACUGGAAGGAAACCUGUUGAUCCAAUGCAGCCCAUAGGAGAGGAGAGUUUGGUUGAGUGGGCUCGUCCACUUCUCCUUCGUGCAGUUGAGACAGGUGACUUUGGUGAACUAGUAGACCCCAGGCUUGAACGGCAAUAUGCGGACACUGAAAUGUUCAGAAUGAUUGAGACAGCUGCAGCAUGUGUUCGUCAUUCUGCUCCAAAACGACCUCGUAUGGUUCAGGUGGCUAGAUCCUUAGAUAGUGGUGAUCAACAAUAUGAUCUAUCUAAUGGGGUGAAAUAUGGUCAGAGCACUAUUUAUGAUUCUGGCCAGUAUAAUGAAGACAUUACGAUAUUCAAAAGGAUGGUUAAUGGCAGCUUUGAUGAUUCUGAGUUUGAUAUGGACAGCACGACGGAUUACCGUUCAACUGUUUCAAGAGAAAUGUCUGGAUCCAGACAUGCAAGGAUGUUAUAUAGUGAAGGUGGUGAUUCAGAUUAUAGAGUUUUCCACGGCCAACGGAGCAAUACGCAGAACAUGUCUUGAGGGAACACACAUGCCAGUGCAGUGCUGUGCAUAGGCAUAUUGGAGUUUAAAGACUUCUGGUUUUAAUCAAACUAAUUUUUGCCCAAACACUUUCUCCUAAAGCCAAAACUAAUUUCACCAAACUCCUCUUUCAGGCCGUUGCAUCAACUUACAAAGCACCAAAGGAAUUUUUGGUUUACCACCAUGAAAGUUGAAAAAUAUAUUGAGACUGUCUUUGUUUGACUUGAGCCAAUCAAAAACAUUAUUUUUCUUUUGUAUGUCUUCAAUUUUUGUUUUGCUUUCUUUCCCCAUUCUUUUUUUUUC